AUGACAAAGACUCUAAUGAGAGUGCUGUUGCUGAAGACAAGACAAUUUGUAGGUAGAAGGCUGAUUUGUUCAUGUGUAAAGGAUGAUAUUAGUGCUGUUACUGCUAGUACUGCUUCCUCACACAGUAAGCAAGGCUGUGAAAUGCAGGAUCUGUCAUCCACACCUUCCACUUCACAAAUACCACCACUCAGGGCAGUGCCUAAGAAUUAUCAGCACAUCCUGGCCUUGGCAUUUGCAGCAAAGGAAAUCAAUGAAAACUCUCAACUCUUACCCAAUGUCACCUUGGGCUUCCACAUCUAUGACAGUUAUUUUGAUGCAAAGUGGACCUAUUAUGCUGCAAUGCAACUUCUGUCUACAGUGGAGAGAUUUGUCCCCAACUACAAAUGUGGCACGCAGAAUAACCUUAUAGCAGUCAUUGGAGGACUGGAUGCUCAUAUCUCCCAUUAUGUGGCAAUUGUCUUGGAUAUAUACAAGAUUCCUCAGCUCAUAUAUGGCUCUGCUCCAGUGAUGAAUGACAAAACUCCAGGACUUUCCUUCUACCAGAUGGCCCCAAAUGAAGCCUUUCAGUACACAGGGAUUCUCUCUUUGCUGUUGCAUUUCAAAUGGACAUGGAUUGGAGUACUUGUGAUGGAUAAUGACAAUGGAGAAAGAUUUGUGCAGACUGUGUUUCCAAUGCUUUCCAACCGUGGCAUCUGUUUUGCCUUCACAGAAAGAAUCCGUGCAAUUAGCUUUAUCUCUGAAAUUGAUGGCAUGUUUCAAAAUGGGGCAAAAAUAUAUGACAAAAUCAUGGAUAACCAAGCCAAUGUCGUGGUUGUCUAUGGAGAUACUUACUCCAUGCUAUAUUUGAGACUGUUCCCAUAUCUAUCAGAACAAGAACAUGCGACAAACAGAGCAAAAGGUAAAGUGUGGAUCAUGACAACACAGAUGGAGCUCAUUUCCUUAGUCUACCAGAGGACUUGGGAUUUAGAUAUGUUCCAUGGUGCUCUGUCCUUCACAAUUCAUUCCAAGGACAUACCAGAAUUUCACCAGUUUGUUGAGAACAGAAACCCUUCCAACACAAGAGGAGAUGGUUUUAUCAGGGACUUCUGGCAACAUGCCUUCAGCUGCGUAUUCCAUAAUGCAGUUGUGGACAAUAUGAAGGGGGGGAUUUGUUCUGGAAAGGAGAAACUGGAGAGCCUUCCUGAGUCUUUUUUUGACCUGAGGAUGACUGGCCACAGCUACAGCAUCUACAACGCUGUCUGUGCUGUGGGCCAUGCUUUACAUGCCAUGUCCUUAUCUAGGCUCAAAUACAGCGCAAAGAUUAAUGAAAGUGGACCAGAGUUUCAACAUCAACAGGCAUGGCAGCUUCUUCACUUUCUGAGAGGGAUCUCAUUUAACAACACUGCUGGGGACAAGGUUUUCUUUAACCAGAAUGGAGAGAUAGUAGCUGGACUUGAUGUGGUCAACUGGAUUAUUUCCUUCAACCAAUCCUUUCAUCAAGUAAAAGUUGGGAGGAUGGAUCCACAGGAUCCUCCAGAGCAAAUGUUUACCAUUAAUGAGGAUUUCAUAUCAUGGCACAGCUGGUUUAACCAGGCACAGCCUCUUUCUUUGUGUAGUGAGAAUUGUCAUCCUGGUUAUGGCAGGAAACUGAAGGAAGGGGAACCGUUUUGUUGCUAUGAUUGCUUCCCUUGUCCAGAAGGGACAAUUUCAGACCAGAAAGAUAUGAAUAACUGCUACAAGUGUCCAAAUGAAAAAUAUCCAAACAGAAACAAGGAUUUAUGUAUUCCCAAGGAUAUAGGCUUCUUGUCUUAUGAAAAACCUCUGGGAUUCAGUUUAGCCUGUUUUGCUCUUUCCUUUUCUUUGGUCACAGCUUUGGUGCUAGGCACAUUUAUGAAGCAUCACGACACCCCAGUAGUUAAAGCCAACAACCAGAGCCUCACCUACUCUCUCCUCAUCUCCCUCCUGCUCUGUUUUCUUUCUGCACUAAUAUUCAUUGGCCACCCAGGGAAGGUGACAUGUCUCUUUCGACAAACUACUUUUGGCAUCAUCUUCUCUGUGGCUGUUUCUUGUGUGCUGGCAAAAACCAUUACGGUGGUUCUGGCUUUCAUGGCCACCAAACCAGGAAGCAGGAUAAGGAAAUGGGUGGGGAAAGGACUGGCCAACUCCAUUGUUCUUUCCUGCUCACUCAUUCAAGGAGGAAUUUGUGCAGUGUGGCUGACAACCUCGCCCCCUUUCCCAGAUACUGACAAGCAUUCAGUAAUGGGAGAAAUCAUACUUGGAUGUAAUGAGGGAUCUGUAACCAUGUUUUACUGUGUUCUUGGCUACAUGGGCUUCCUGGCCAUUAUCAGUUUCACUGUGGCAUUUCUGGCGAGGAAGCUACCUGACAGUUUCAAUGAAGCCAAGUUCAUCACUUUCAGCAUGUUGGUCUUUUGCAGUGUGUGGUUGUCCUUUGUUCCUACCUACCUGAGCACUAAGGGAAAAUAUAUGGUAGCUGUGGAGGUCUUCUCAAUUAUCGCUUCCAGUGCUGGGUUGCUGGGUUGCAUCUUUUCCCCUAAAUGUUAUAUUAUUGUGCUGAGGCCUAACCUGAAUACCAGGGAGCAGCUCAUCAGAAGAAAAGUCUCGCUGCUUGCACCCUCUAACCCCAGUUAA